AUGUGCACUACCCUCUUCCUGCUCGGCACCUUGGCCAUGCUCUGGCGCCGCCGAUUCACCAACAGGGUCCAACCAGAGCCCAGUGGGGUAGAUGGAGCAGUUAUGGGCAGCAGCCUGGAAACAGACCUCCAGUCCUCAGGCAGAGAGAAAGAACCUCUGAAGUAAGCCCUCGCCUCUUCAGGCGGAGCUCAGCCCCAGGGCCUGGCAUCAGCUGGCAGCUCACGUCCUGGUGUGCCCCCCACCCCCGAAGGACGCCGUGGCGGCAGGAGCUGCAGGAGGGAGACUGGGGAAAGCAGCCUCUGAGCAGACCUUCCGCUCUUGCUGGGAAACGGGCCUCACGGAUACAAGAUGGCUUCGGUGGUCUCAGGCAUCUCCUCACGAUGUCCCAAAGCCGGAAGAGAGGCUACUGUUACUAAAAACUAGAAAACGUUCCCAAACCUGGCAGAACUGCGCCGCAGACCCUUUCCUGAAACCAUUCCUGGCAAAGGGAAUAGCUUUCUAUGGCCGACUAAUCAAGAUGCACUCCUUUGGGCAGGGCAGGGGCUUGCCCAGUAGCUCUGCUGUUUGUAAGACGGAGGAAGGACAGCUGCAGGACUAAGAGUGCCUGCCACACGGGUGAACUUCCCGGGAUAUCACUGGUGCAACUGCUCCCAUUUAAGCAGCCAGCUGCUUGGG